AUGGCAUAUCCGAUUUCGUGCCACACGUCUACGUUUGCUUUGCUGAUUUCUGUUAACUUAUCGAUGGAUGAUCAUAAUGUUGAAGAAUUUCAUCCAAUUAAAACUACUCGUAGGAGUUUUCGUGGACCUCCUUUGCUAGUACCUCACGAGGAUGGAUCAAUGCGAGAAGUUGAUGAAGUGAGAUGGUUCGUUUAUCGGAAACUGCACUACAUUUGGGUCGAGAAGGUGAAAAAGAUUAUUGAUCUUGAUGACGAAAGAGAUGGGCAUUGGGUAACGCCGGGUGAUGUAAUUAGUCAGGCUCCUUCUCAUGUGUUCCAUGACGCCAUCAAGAAGGGAACUGGUUUCGAUGACCAUGAGGUAUCUCAACGGCUCGCUACGUACGGGUUGAAUUCUAUUGAAAUUAAGCUCCGUCCUAUACCAAUGCUUUUGUUUAUGGAAGUUAUUUCACCAUUUUAUAUUUUCCAGAUAUUCAGUGUUACUGUUUGGUAUAACGAUGAAUAUUGUUAUUAUGCUUCUGUUAUUGUUAUUAUGUCAGUUUGUUCUAUUAUAAUGGACGUUCUGCAGACGAGAGGGCAAGAAAAGCGACUUCGAGCAAUGGUUCACUCAAGUAGUGAAGUGGAAGUUCUAAGGAAUGGUGGAUUUGUAACUAGAAUCGAUAGUGAGCGGUUAGUUCCUGGUGAUAUUCUUUUGAUUCCACCCCAUGGUUGUCUCCUUCAAUGUGAUGCUGUUCUUAUGAAUGGAACUGCAAUCGUCAAUGAGAGUAUGCUUACGGGAGAGUCAGUUCCUGUCACGAAGGUUGCUCUUACUGAAGAUAUUCGAGAGGAAAAGCAUUUUUCUAUCGAGAAACACUCCAAGCAUGUACUGUUCUGUGGAACUCAUGUGCUGCAGACGCGAUACUUACGCCGUGGUCAGAAAGUCAAGGCAGUAGUUUUGCGCACUGGAUUUUCUACAAUGAAAGGACAGCUGGUUAGGUCGAUCAUGUAUCCGAAGCCGGUUGAUUUUCGCUUUACGAAGGAGGUCUGUUUCAAGUUUGUUGGAUUUCUUGGCUGCAUUUCUGGAUGCGGUUUUAUCUAUACCAUCAUCAUUAUGUUACUGAGAGGAAGUAGCUUGCGCCGCGUUAUAAUUCGGGCGUUAGAUAUAAUCACAAUCACUGUUCCUCCUGCUCUGCCCGCGGCUAUGUCGGUCGGUAUAAUCAAUGCACAAUUGAGACUGAAAAAGAAGGAGAUCUACUGCAUUUCACCAUCUACUAUCAACACGUGUGGAGCGAUUAAUGUUGUUUGUUUUGACAAAACUGGCACUCUCUGA